GCCUGGGGCUGGGAGCACACUCCAGCCCUGGGUGACAUCCGGCCUGCCAGGCAAAAUGAGCUUGUGGAGGAGAGAAGGGUGUUGGAUGAUCAAGGGGCCUUUUCUUGUUGGCUUAGGAGUGCCCUCGGUCUGCGCUGUUUAGGAGGAUGUCAGGAUCUUGUUGGACUUGGAAGGCCUGUUAGUGAUGAUGUAUUUUCAUACUGAGAUUUUCUGAGAGGCGUGGUGCUUGCUUUCACGGGGACCUGGUCUUGUGGCGCCGGCUAUUGAAUGAGCUGCAGAUCAUCGUGACUGGAUGUAGUGUAGAUUUAAAUGUAGUUUGCAGGUCACCUCUGGCAGGAUAAAAAGUGCUUGGGUUGUUUUGGGUUGGAGAAACUGUAGAGCUCUUUUACUAUGGUGGUGGGCUUCUCAGUUCAAUAUCUAUGAUGAAAUGAGUGACGUAAGUGGUUCUUUCCCUGGGAUAGUUACAGUUACACUGUACCGGCCUGAGCUUUUGUCCUGAUAAUUGACUCCUGUGUUCGUUGGAGGAGUGUUACAGGAAAGCAGGGCGAUAGUGUAUUGGGUGCUUGCUGAGGCUAGUUGUUUUGUUUGUUUGCUCGGACUGGUGAUGGCAUUGUUUGAGGCAUUGCUGUUAACUUUGUGUAUUCUUUGCACACUUCUACUUAGUUCCCAGUGAAACUUACAAAAUUAUAUGAUCAGUUUCUCUUAUUUGAGUUACUAGAAUUAAAGUGUCAUGCCAUGGAGAGAGGGAUAUUUUUGCAUUCCGUGCUAUUCAGUGUUUGGUGGUAUAUACUUUCCAAACAUAAUCACCACUUGUCUCUAAUAGGUUCGUGAGAAUCAAGUGAAAUCAUGUACAUACACUGGAUAAUGGCAAACUAGUGCACCGUGCAAAUUAAGUAUUUUUUCCUUUAGAGGAUUUGUGCGUUGGGAACAACCGAGCUAAGUUAAGAGGUCAGGAAAUUGUGAUGAGUUUUUUCUCUUGAAACACUGCCUCUGCAAUGACAAUUUUGUGAAAGAGGAGAUAUCUGAAGGUUAUUAACUUAUAAUGUGCUUCUUUGUUUUAAUCAUUUUCAUAAGCACAUAUGCCCAAUGAUAUACUUCUGAUAUAGAAUAAAUGGUUUGGGGGAGGGGAGACCACCUGUUACAGCGGUAUUGAUUCAGUUAAUAGGCAUGUGAACUGAAUCCACCUUCUGGGGCUCAGCAGCCCUCUACUCUCACUUAAUUCAUGUCGUCCCAGCACUCCCUAUCGCAUACAGAAGUUACAUAUCUUCCUUUUCUCUUAAAUUCUCUUACUCUAUAAAAAUUUAUAUGAAACACUCACCUACCCACUGAAAAUGAGGAAUUGAGGUUAUAUGAGGAAAACAGUGGUGAUUGAUUACAUUCUACAGAAAUUCAGAUGUUUGAAAGGAAUUGCAGGUUUACUAGGAUUACCUGUUUCCCCAGCCUGUUUCAACAUUUAGCCUCAGAUAUCUUCAUUUUACAUCUCCAUGGGACUUAAAAGCAAUGUGAAAGGUGAACUUGUUGCUGGUUUUCAAUAAAAAAAAGCAUAACGAUACUUGUGAAUCAUUUGGUUUAGUCAUGUGUCUUUGAAUCUUGAUCUCUUCUUGCCAUAUUGAUGACUUCCCAGACCACCCCAAAGACUUUUGGUAGAACUUACUGUAAAAAAAGACCAAAAAAUAUCUAUCUAUAAUCUGGUAUUCUUUUCACACUAUUGAAAGAAAGAUUGGUCAGUGCUUCCCCUGAACAACUAGAGAAAUGUGAUUGAGAGAUUUCCCAUCCUAGAUAUUUCCAUCAUGUGAGGACAGAUCAUCUGUGACUGAAUGUCACUGUUUUUUCACUGUUGAGUUAAUGCAUCUCCUGCACAGUAUGAUUCAGCAGUGCUGCUUUGUACAAGUUUCUGAUGAAGAACAAUCAGUAGUAUAUGUUCCAGGAAUUUCUGCAGAAGGAAAUACCAGAUCAAGACACAAGUUGAUGAGCCCAAAAGCUAAUGUUAAAUUCAAGACUUCCAGGGUGGCUGCUGAUUCGGUCUCCAUGGAUUCUUUAAAAGGUGCAGGAGAUUCCAUAAAUGAACAGAAUUUCUGCAAGGGAGGAGUAAAGAGUGCAUCAUUGAAGGAUUUAUGUCUUGAAGACAAAAGACGCAUUGCAAAUUUAAUUAAAGAACUAGCCAGAGUGAGCGAGGAGAAGGAGGUGACUGAAGAACGACUCAAGGCUGAGCAGGAAUCUUUUGAGAAGAAGAUCAGGCAGCUGGAAGAACAGAAUGAACUGAUCAUCAAAGAAAGGGAAGCUCUUCAGCUACAGUACAGAGAAUGCCAAGAACUUCUAAGCCUCUAUCAGAAAUACCUAUCAGAACAGCAGGAGAAGCUCACCAUGUCUCUCUCCGAACUUGGAGCUGCAAGAAUGCAGGAACAACAGGUGUUCAAUAGGAAAAGCACUCUGCCGUCUUCGUCUGUGGAACUGGAUGGCUCCUACUUGAGUGUAGCCAAACCACAGACCUACUGUCAAACCAAGCAAAGGCCUAAGCCCACAAAUCAGGACUUGGCUGUGGAAUCCCUUGUGGAGUUCAGGAAUAAUUCUCUGAAACCAGCAGCCCUUCAUUGUCCCAAAGAGGACCUAGACAGGGGGCCAUCGGAGACAAGAACAUGUGAUUACGGAUCCCCAGGGAAAAAACUAGCAGGUGCAGUCCCUACAGAGAAAGUUCUGUCAGAGGAAUUGAAGGAAUGCCAACAUCUUAAACCUACUCCAUCUAGACUGUGUUGUGGGCAUAGACUUUCUGAAAAUGAGCAUCACGUUCAUGUGAGCCAUCCUACGGUCAUGGUCCCUCAAUAUUCCAAGACAGAGCCGGAAUAUUGCCAUUACUGUGGGCUUUCCUGGGCAACUCUGCUGCAUGGCCAAGGGCUACUACAACCCAGUGAAACUGAUUUCAAAAAGCAACUCUCAGAAGACAGAAGGCAGCAACUUAUGCUUCAAAAAAUGGAGCUGGAAGUUGAAAAGGAGCGCCUUCAGCACCUGCUGGCCCAGCAGGAGACAAAGCUCCUCCUGAAACAGCAGCAGCUUCAUCAGUCCCGACUAGACUACAACUGGUUGAGAACUCAAGCUGAAUUUAAGUCGAAACAACUGGUGGAUGAUAAAGAACUUGCUAAGCCCCGAGAGCUCAACCUGGUUACGAAUGGGAGUGACUCUAGACCAAGUUUGUUGAAGUCAACAGGCGAUGGCUGGCUGCUUGGAACAUCAUCAUCCAUCAAAAAGCACCAAGAGUUCACCACCAGGGGAGAGACUAGAAAAGAGAAAAAGACCGUUGGGUUUCAGUCACAUACGGAAGAUGAUGCUCUGCGCUCAUGUUCAAAGGAAGAUACAUAUCGACCCCAAAGAGGGACAAUGACAGGAGUUAGGAAAGAUGUGUCCACAUCUCCCAUGACAACAGAAAGCCACAAGGAGCUUGUAAGCACAACCCCAUCGUCGUUCCGACACAGCACUUCCCGGUACGAGACAUCGCUGUUGGAUUUGGUUCAGUCCCUGAGCCCGAAGUCUGCUUCCAAACCCCAGCCCCACCCCUCCAGAGAAGCCCGGGCCUGGAAUCGCAGAACUUGCCGACUCAGUUCUCUAAAAUCGACCCGGAACAAGAUGGGGGCAGGCAGGACCCCUGAAGACUUGGAGGAGAAUCAAAUCCUGGAAGAUAUCUUUUUCAUUUGACGCCAAAGCACUUGCUGCAAAAUUUCCAUCAGAACCUGUGGGGUUUGUAAUAUACUGAUCUAGGAUUUUAAAAUUUUUGAUCACAA